UUUCUGUUAUCAAAGAAUUACUCUCUGUUUGGUGGGAUUGUGUUGGAGAAGCAAACAAGGAAGUGAAUUCUGACUUACUUUAUUGUGCAAUUGAUGGACAACUGGAAGCACUGAAAUAUUGAUGGAGAAGUACAUCGAAAACGAGCUUUUGAAAGCUAAAAAGGUGGAUGGAGAUCCAAUGUCAGCAUUGGUUGAUGGAUAUAUUGAGAUUGUAUUAAAGCAUCUAUUAAAUCCAAAAGUUGAUUAUAGUCUGUCGAUCCUUGUGGAGAACAGAGACGGUGAAAACACGGGUACAAAAUCGGCUGUUCCCACAUAUUUUGCGGAAAUCAAAGUUGUAAGUAGUAUCAGGAGGAAGGGAAAUAAUAUAGUUGAUGAACUACAACUCUCUGCUUAUUAUCCGAAAUAUUUCCGUCAGGUGACAGUCCAAAACAAGAUGGUUCUUCAUCUUUGGGUAGACGAUGAAAAAUCAGUGACAUUGAAACUCUUGCUGCGGAGUCCUCUCUAUUACGACUCUAUUAAUCUUUUUGGCCCUAUGUGGAAUAACGAGGUGGUCCAGAAUGAAAUGGGAAAAAUUCUUCCAAUAUGGCGUAACAAAACACGCCAGGCAAGCAGUCUAUCAUCUUCUGUAGAUGUAUAUGAUGAUGCCGAAGUACAGCCUGGUGAAGGUACAAAUAAUAGCCAUGAAGGUGUAAUAGCUGAUGGUAAUGAGAAACAAUUUUCUGUGGCUGCAAAAGAAGACAAUGAACAUGUGUUGGAAAAUGCAAAAACUGAUCAUAGAAACAGCAGUGUGGAAGAUGAUAAUGAAGAACCACGUGAUCAAGAAAUGCUAACAGAUAUCAGUAUCCCAGAUAGACAGGAUGGUUAUACUGCUAUGAGAAAUCAAGGCAGAACUUCUUUCUGGAUUGACCAAGUGUUUACAUCUUUUGAGAAGUGUAGUUAUGCUAUAAAAGAAGCUGCAAUAUUAAGAAAUGCUGAAAUCAAAUUCAAGAACUUGGGGAGGGAAAAGAUAGUUGCUUACUGCUCAAACAGAGAAACUUGUGAAUGGAAAAUACGCGUUGAUUCCAAGGGAAGUAAAUAUGUUGUGACUAAUAUAGAGAACCAGCAUAGUUGCAUGGCCCUACGUUCGGAGGAAACUGCCAAUAAGCUGGCGAAUCCUAUAUGGGUAUGUAGCCAUAUUAUUGAACAAGUAAGGCAACGUCAAAGUAUUUCCACACAAGAGAUUAGAAACUUUAUCAAGUCGUCUAAAUACCAAUUGGACAUAACAUGCCGUACAGCACGAGAAGCAAAGAAAAGGGCUUUGAAAACAAUCAAUGGCACCGGGUCUAAAGAAAAUUCAAUUCUUGGAUCACAAACUGAAUUAAAAAGGCGACGAAAAACUACGACUAUUUCAUCACCCCUUUCAUCGAAUGCACACCAAAGUUCGUCAAAUUUGAGGUUUUUGCAGUAUAUUCCUACAUCGAUGCAUAAGUACAUACAAAGAACCGAAGAUGUGGAAAAGGAUGGACAUUGUGGUUACAGAGUUAUUUCAAAGCAAUUAGGCUAUGAGGCAAUGCAUGGUUGGAAACAAGUUCGAAGAGAGUUGCUGUUUGAGGUCGUUCAGAAUGAAGAUCUUUACAUAAAACUGUCCGACGUUGUUAUAGUUAAAGAAAUGAGAAAAGCUUUUGCGUACAAUGAGGAGCAUGCUACUGAUAGCCAAUAUUGGUUAAAAUUGCUUGAUGCAGGAUAUGUGAUUGCUAAUGCAUAUAAGGCUGUGGUUGUAUCACUUUCUCUCAACUUGGGAUGUUUAACAUUUCUACCCCUUUUGGAACCUCCACCUGAAGGCCCACCUCACCGUAUUAUCACUUUUGGCUUUGUUAAUCCAGACCACUUCAUCAGCGUGAAUUUGAAACCUGAUGCCCCGAUACCCCGAGUCAAUCACGGCUGGAAUAAGAACGUGUCCAUGGAGGCCGUUAAAGUCUGGGAGAUACUUUACCAGAGUAGGUUUUCUAAGUUUGAGGAGAUCAUGGGAAUCAAUCAAGGAAAUAAAAAUAGUAGCGGCGGUUUCCUAACUGUUUGAACCCUAAGAGGUGCUUUCUAUUAUUUUGAUUCCUCGUUCUUUUCUUGUUUUUACUAAAAGAACUUUUUGAGAGGAAUGGUUAAAUUUGUAUUAAAAGAACAUGUAUACAAAUAUUAUCAACAUCCCAAACCGAGACCCUAUUUACAAUAAAUAAUUACUUUCCAGUGA